CACUUAUUAUAAACCUCCUUAUUUGAUCCUUCCCAUUGAUUUAUGGUGAUAAAGAUUUAUCCUUCAUGACUUUCAUUUCUGAAUGAACUUAUCUCAUCCUCUGAAGAAAAUUUCUAUGGUUUUAAUAUCAAGAUGAGCACUGGAGAUUAAGUUCAUAAUGAUGAUCAUGGUCAUACUGUUCCUGGGGUGGCUUUUCUUAGCUGAUAAAAGAGAACCCUAUUAUCAGUACUCCAAAGCAGAGGAUGGAAAAGACAGAAAGGUUCAAGAUGAAGAUGAAGAUGGGAAGUUUGGUUCUGCAAGAGAGGAUUUGGAUGCUUGCUCAUACUGUGGAAAAUUAUGCACCAUAACCAGAAGAACUUGCUCACGUUGCAAAACUACUCUGUAUUGCUCAUGGGCAUGCCAAGUGACUCAUUGGAGAUUUUGGCAUGAAUAUGAAUGCAAUGAGAUGGAGACAGAACCACAGUAUGAAAGACCUGUUCAUGGUGCUUCUCAGCUUUUGAUCAAGCAGCUUGAAAAUGGAAGUUCUUACUCUUCUGAUGAAGAUGAUGAGCAGAUAACAGAUGCGAGAGAGGCACAACAUGUUGAAGCAAAUGAAGAGCAGCUUAAGAAACAGCUCAAAUUCAAUCUUCUAACUGGAAGUUCUGAGGAAGCUAUUGAGGAACCCCAUGAAAUAGCAGAACAAGUCAGAACACUAAAGGAAGAACUGGCAAAGAUCAAAAAUGAGAAUAUGUCACUAAAAUCAGAGCGUGACAACUGGGAAACGCUAGCAAGGAGUGCUAAAGAGAAACUAGACAGCUUCAUCAAAGAAUCUGAGCACCAGAUGCUCAUUCUGAAGCAUAAAAAGGAAUUAAUAUCAGACUCGGAGAAGCAAGCACGUGCUUUGGUUAAUAGUUUGUCUGAGAAGCUACGCUGUUUGCAGAUUGCAGAGGACAAGAGGGUUGCAGAAAUGAAAAGGCAAGAAGAAUUCAUACUCAUGCUAAAGAAUGAAUAUUCAAAGGCUGUGAGAGAGGUACAAGAAGAGAGAGAAAUGUGAGAAAGCUGAGA